GUCAGCCGCUGGGAACCCGACGAGGCCCAUGACAUCCUGUCAUGAACAGUUAUACAGGGACAUGCACCAGUAAGGUACAUCCGGACAGUGCUCCGUUCUGACCUGGGCUGCACCUGCUCUCAUCCUGGCUUCACAGGUGCUUAGAAGAACCCGUGGUAGAGUUUUUCAUCAAACAAAUGGAACGUGUCGCAGAACUUUGCUAAGAUGGAUGACUCAACACACAAAGACCAACACCCUGGCAAAAAACAUUCCAGCAAAGCCAACAAAGUACAGAAAGGUUUUACUGCUGCACAUCCAGCACAAUCCUCCUCCAUUCCUUUUAAGAACCAGACUUCAACAAUUCCAGAAUCAGAAAAAAAGGGAUUCAAUAGUCAAGCCAAAAGAUUUUAUUAUAAAAAGGUCUUUAACCUCCACGGGAAGGUUCGGCUCCAUUGCGGCUGGCGUGGGCAAUGCAGAGGUAGAAACGAGGAUGAGGGUGGCCACGCACCGGCUCUCACCCCUCUGCGUGUAUUGACUCAAUUAAUCCUCACACUUUGGGGCAGGCCAGGGAGACAACAGGAUAAUAUCCCGGGUCCUGGCUUCUACGAUGUCAUUCACCAAUCUCCGGUGUUCAACAGUGUCUCGCUGUCUAAGAAAGGGACGUGCACUUUUCCCUCUAUGCGUGCCCGGCUGGACACCAUCAUUUCUAAACACCCUGCAGCUAACGCGUACACUAUCCCAUCACAUUUUGUUUCGAAGAAAGACUUCAGUAAUUCCUGUUCCAGCAUGUUUCAGUUGCCAAGUUUUGCGAAAGCCCUCAAAUCUGAAACUCCUGCACCAAACCAUUACAAUGCCUCUGUCUCUUGCUGCAAGCAAAGAAACAACGUCUGUGCCCGAGCCGGGUUUAUGUCCAAAACCCAGAGAGGAUUUUUCACUAUCACUGACACAGGACCUGCCCCAGGGCAUUAUAAUAUCAACGAAUCCCUCGUGAAGCAGUCGCCAAAGGUAUUGACGUCUUGUUUUAAAUCAAAAACUGGACGUGGAUUAAAACUGACAUCAACAGGCCCGGGACCUGCUUAUUAUAACCCCAAUGACCACAUCAAAAUUCUGAAAAAGGCUCUUUUCCCGAGAAACCCCCUCCUGAACUUCUCUGCCCAGCCUUCGCCCCUGCCCCCGAAGCCGCCUCUUCCAGGCCCCGGUCAGUACGAGAUCGUGGACUACGAGGGGCCCCCCAGACACUUCACCUCCAGCGCAUCGUUUGCGUCCAACACCAGCCGGUGGACAGCAGCCCCGUCCCAGCCCGGCCUGCCCGGCCCAGCCACGUACAAGCCAGAAUUGCCUGGAAAACAGUCCUUUCUCUACAACGAGGACAACAAAUGGAUCCCAGUGUUGUAGGGACCCCACGCAAGCUCGGGAAGAACCCUGGCCACCAGCUGCCUCACCCAGGCCCCCCAGGACGUUCAUUCAGAGAAUGCCCAUCUCGUGUGUGACAGACGACGACUUGGAGGGCAGAUCUGCCCCUGCCCCCCCACCCCCCCGUCCCCCGUGGCUGGCGUGGAGCUGGGAGGCUGCGUUUGUCCUUGUCUUGAACUGCCUCCUGGAGAUUGGACACCCGCCUCCACUGACUCCAGUGGUUCCCUGAGCAGAAAUGAGGGGUGGACAGAGCCCUCCUUGGUUACCUGCCAUGCACCUGCCCGUGCUGGGAUGUGCAGUCCUCUCCGCAGAUGUAAGAGGUUCCUGAAGCUCAGGCUCGAGGGAGAAGGGCUGCCAUUGACAGGUUCCCCAUCUAGAAGCCUGACGCUGGGCCAGGGCUCGAGGUCCAGACUGUACCUGCUGGGUGGACCGCACAGGACUGCGGCCCGGGCACAACUCCCAUCCUUCACCCUUGACUUCCGGGAGCCGGAAAGGCCCAGAGGUGCUUGUGACAGACUCAAGGGGGUUGCCUGGGCCCGGGCCCCCAGCUAAGCCUACGCACCUCACCUUCAGGAAGAGCAUGGCCCCAGUCACCGUGGUCACUUGUGCUCGGUACCCACCUUCAGGAGAAGGCCACCACAUCCGUGGAGUGGCCCGGCAUUCAACAGCACACGUGGGCAGGUCGCUGCUGGAGCCAGAGCCCUGGAAACAGCAUUCUGAGGGGGCAAGGGGGCAGGGAGGCACCGCUUGGUGCCUGCGGGUUCUUUUACCGGGACUUUCCUAUCCCCAGGCCUGGCCUCCGUCUCCUCCCAGGCCUCCUGCUCAAGUUUGACACAGCCUUUGAUGAAUCUUUUCUGGCCUGCCACGUCCGUUUCCCCCGGCAAGAGGGAGAGAUUCCCAAAGAACCAAGGGGGAAUAGAAGAAACCACACGUCCCCUCCCUUCCCAAAUAUUGAUGUUGUCGUUCACUUCUGCAAGCGGAAGGCACUUAUGCAGCCCCCUCCCCGCUCCCCACGGAGUCCAGGCCCCUCGCUCCCGGGGCCCCUCCCCUGACUUUGCUCUGUGACCAGAGGGUGAGUGGCCUUCCCGUCAGAAUGGCCGCUGACUGGCCCCCCCUGUGGGGAGGGGUGGGUGAGGAAGAGGGAGGGAGAAGGAUGGAAUACCAUAUCCAAUUAAACCGACUUCUUGCGUCUCGCCAAA